AUGAAAUUUAAAUUCUGUGGUGAAUUAGAUGCACCUGAUUGGUUACUAAGAGAAAUCAGUACACUCUCAAAGAUUACCAAUAUAAGAAUUAAAUUGUUAACAGUACAGGUUAUUAAUAGUUUCAAUGGUGACAACAUAGAUUUUGAAAAAGUAGAGAAAUUAGUAAAGGAUGCAGGUUUUCAAUUGGGAGAUAUCAAAGCUUUGAUUGCAGCCAUUCAUUUUAUCGUAUUCAAUGCAGUCAAGAAUGAUGUCGACGAAGCAACACUAUCGAAUGAAUUACAACAGCUAGGUCUACCAAAGGAGCAUUGUGACUCUAUAUCACGUGCAUUCCGUGAACAUAAAGAUAAAUUACGUUCAAUCUUUUAUAAUAAUACAUUAAAAUAUUGGAGAGUCGAUUAUUUACUCAGCUCCAAUACAGUAAGCGAAGUGAACACACCAAAUAUCCAAUUGAAUCUAAAGAUUAAGAAUCCAUCAAAUGGUGAACUCACUUAUCACCCAUUUGAAAUCAGUGCAAAGAAAUUCAAUGUAUUAUAUUAUGAACUUAAAGCUGCCAAAUCACUAAUGGAAGAAUCACAAUAG